GAAGCUGUAUGUUGUCAUUGUGGGUCUUCUUCUGGUUUUAUGUCCUUGUUCCUAUUAUUAACUAACUCACAAUCAUCCAACGAAGCUCUUUAUCUUUCUUUCUUUUUUCCAUAUUUAAUUCACAUUUUUUCUAUUUCCAUAUUUUCUUUAAGUCACCUCCUGAAUUUCAACUUCAAAUCUUUUCAUAACUGCUUCAUUACCCCUUUGAGCUUCCUGCAACUUCUUACUUAAAUCCUCUGCAGAAAAUCAAAAAUGCCAAGACCAAGAGUUUCAGAGUUGUCUCAGGGGCAGGCUCCGAGGCUGAGGACUUCCUCCUCUACGUCUAACUCUAACUCGAAUCAUCCCAACCGUCUGCUCACUACUGACCGGAGUUCUAAGCUAGGUGCUGACCGUAAAUCUCCUAGAAGCGGUGGUGGUGGGCCUCCUCCGCUUGGUCAGAAGAAACUUGGGGGCCGAAUAUCGGAUCUAGAGUCGCAGUUAGGGCAAGCACAAGAGGAGCUGAGACUGCUCAAAGAGCAGCUGGCUAAUGCUGAAGCUGUGAAGAAACAAGCUCAAGAUGAGCUUCAUCAUGAUAACAACCGUUCUACAAAAACAAACCCUCUGGAUGGAGCGGAGGGUUCUGUUUCUGAGGCAGAAGCAGUUGAUAGAGAUGAGAUCCCCGGUGAUGUGGAGAAAGAGACGGAUGUGUUUGAGGUUCCUGUUGCGGUAGUAAAAGAAGAAGGUGAGAAACUUGUUGUGAAGGAAGAUGAGAUCAAGAUGUUGAAAGCUAGACUGUAUGAUAUGGAGAAAGAACAGGAGUCACUAGGCAAAGAAAACGAGAGCUUAAAGAGUCAGUUAAGUGAUGCAGCUUCUGAGAUGUCUAAAGUGAAAGGUAACGAAGAUGAGAUGGCUUCAAAGGUGAGUCGGAUAGGAGAAGAGUUGGAACAAAGCAGAGCAAAGACAGCUCACCUAGAGGAGAAGCUUGAGUCCAUGGAAGAAGCAAAGGAAGGUUUGGAAGCUGAGAUGAAGAAGCUCAGAGUUCAAACCGAGCAGUGGAGGAAGGCGGCAGAUGCUGCAGCUGCUGUUCUCUCUGGAGAGUCUGAGACGAACAGUCAAGGACGGUCAGGGGCAGCAGGUGGUGGGUUGUUUGACCAGAGUGUGGUGGUUGGGUUCAUGGAUGAUGAUUCUGAUGAUGCAGUGGGGAGUAGUGGGAAGAGGAAGAGUUCAGGGAUGAAGAUGUUUGGUGACUUGUGGAAGAAGAAAGGGCACAAGUGAGAUUGCAAUGACUUAUGUUUUUUUGCUUACCAUUUGUAUUGUAUUAAUCUGGAGACUUUUGUAAGUUGGUUGGCUUCACGAGAAGCUAACUUUAUCAAAUUCAAAUCAUGUUUUGCACC